GCGCGCCCGCCAUGGCCCGCCUGGCCGACUACUUCGUGCUCGUGGGAUACGAUCCCGGCAAGCGCGGGAGUGGGGAUGGACAGGGACAGAUCCUCCAGCGCUUCCCGGAGAAGGACUGGGAGGACAACCCCUUCCCACAGGGCAUCGAGCUGUUCUGCCAGCCCAGUGGCUGGCAGCUCUUCCCGGAGAGGAAUCCCCCCACCUUCUUCGUGGCCGUGCUGACCGACAUCAACUCGGAGCGGCACUACUGCGCCUGCUUCACCUUCUGGGAGGCCGUGGAGAGCCCGCAGCCCCAGAGCCACCCCAGGAAUGGAGAGGGCGAGGAGGGGGAGGAGGAGCCGUCGUCUCCCGUCCAACCUGCCCAGCUCUUCGCUCCCAAGAGCCUGGUGCUGGUGUCCCGGCUGGACCACGCCGAGGUGUUCAGGAACAGCCUGGGGUUGAUCUACACCAUCUACGUGGACGGGCUGAGCGUGUCCUUGGAGAAUGUCAUCGGGAACCUCCUCACCUGCACCAUCCCCAUCACGGGGGGAGCACAGCCUGACGCGGACGACGAAGCAGCGAGGACGAUCUCCCUGGGAGCAGGGGACAGGCAGGUGAUCCAGACUCCCAUCAACGACUCGCUCCCUGUCAGCAGCUGCAGCGUGGCCCUGCUGUUCCGCCAGCUCGGCAUCACCAACGUGCUGUUCCUGUUCUGCGCGGCGCUGACCGAGCACAAGAUCCUGUUCCUCUCCAGCAGUUACCAGAGGCUGACGGACGCCUGCCGGGCUCUCCUGGCUCUCAUGUUCCCCCUCAAGUACAGGCAGGAUGGGCUGAGCUGGGAAAUGUUCUCCCUGCUGGACGUGGUGAUCGCGGAUCUGGACGGUGGGACCGUGAACGUUCCCGAGUGUGUCCACAUCUCCCUGCUGCCCGAGCCCCUGCUCCAGCAGACCCGGGAAGCCCUUUCCAUGGUCCUGGACCCGGAGCUGGAGGUGGCUGAUCUCGCCUUCCUCCCUUCCACCAUUUCCGCCUCUUCCCUCAAGAUGCAGGACAAGGAGAUCCGAGCCGUGUUCCUGCGCCUGUUUGCACAGCUGCUGCAGGGCUACCGCUGGUGCCUGCACAUCAUCCGCAUCCACCCCGAGCCCGUCAUCCGCUUCCACAAGGAGAACCCCUACCCCGCAGUGACCAUGCACAAGGUGCAGAAGCCCACGGAAGGUUGUCACCUGCGGCUCCACCAGAAGCCCUUUCCCCGGCUGGACGAGGGGACGGUGCAGUGGAUCAUCGACCAGGCCACGGCCAAGCUGCAGACGGCCCCUCCGGCCGUGAAGGCCGAGAAGAAGUGCAUGGUGCCAUCGGGGCCCCCCAUCGCUGCCAUCCUGGAGCGCAACGGCAACGCCCUGGCCAACAGCGCCCGGCGCCUGGAGGUGGUCAGGAACUGCAUCUCCUACGUCUUCGAGAACAAGAUGCUGGAGGCCAAAAAGCUGUUCCCGGCGGUGCUGCGUGCCAUGAAGGGCCGGGCCGCCCGGCACUGCCUCACCCAGGAGCUCAACCUGCACGUGCAGCAGAACCGGGCGGUGCUGGACCACCAGCAGUUCGACUUCGUCAUCCGCAUGAUGAACUGCUGCCUGCAGGACUGCACGGCCAUGGACGAACACGGGAUCGCCGCCGCGCUCCUGCCGCUGGUCACCGCCUUCUGCAGGAAGCUGAGCCCGGGCAUCACACAGUUCGCCUACAGCUGCGUGCAGGAGCACGUGGUGUGGACCAACAUCCAGUUCUGGGAGGCCAUGUUCUACUGCGACGUGCAGAACCACAUCCGGGCCCUCUACCUGGACAGCAACGAGGAGAACCACGCGGAGGAGGAGAGCACGGAGGAACCCCAGGAAGCCAAGUCUGCCCUGGAGAUCGCGUCGGAGCAGCUGCGGCUCUGGCCCACCAUGAGCCGGGAGAAGCAGCAGGAGCUGAUCCAGAAGGAGGAGAGCACCGUGUUCAGCCAGGCCAUCCACUACGCCAACCGCAUGAGCUACCUGCUCCUGCCCCUGGACACCAGCAAGAACCGGCUGCUCCGCAGCUCCGGCCUGGGGGACGUCGAGAGCGUCAGCAACAGCUUCGUCACCAACAGCAUCGCCGGGAGCGUGGCCGAGAGCUACGACACCGAGAGCGGCUUCGAGGACGCCGAGAGCUCCGACGUGGCCAACUACGUGGUGAGGUUCAUCAACCGCUUCGUGGACAAGGUGUGCACCGAGAGCGGCGUCACCAACGAGCACCUCAAGGGGCUGCACGUCAUGAUCCCAGACAUCGUGCAGAUGCACAUCGAGACCCUGGACGCCGUGCACAGGGAGAGCAAGAGGCUUCCUCCCAUCCAGAAGCCGAAGCUGCUGCGCCCCAACCUGCUGGUGGGGGAGGAGUGUGUGAUGGAGGGGCUGCGCGUGUGCCUCAUGCCCGACGGGCGCGAGGAGGCUGCCGGGGGCAGCAUCGGGGGGCCGCCCCUGCUCCCCGCCGAGGGAGCCAUCUUCCUCACCACCUACAGGAUCAUCUUCAAGGGAACCCCCACCGACCCGCUGGUGGGGGAGCAGGUGGUGAUCCGGUCCUUCCCCAUCGCCUCGCUGACCAAAGAGAAGAAGAUCAGUAUCCAGGCCCAGGCGGAUCCGUUCCUCCAGGAGGGAUUGCAGCUGCGCUCGUGCACAUUCCAGCUGCUGAAGAUCGCCUUCGACGAGGAGGUGGCUUCGGACAGCGCCGAGAUCUUCCGGAAGCACCUGCACAAGCUGCGCUACCCCCAGCACGUGCGCGGCACCUUCGCCUUCACCGUGGGCCAGUCGCCCAAGCAGGCCAUGCAGCCCAAGGCCAAGGAGAAGAACCCCUCGCUCAGGACGCUCUCCAAGAACCUGGUGAAGAACGCCAAGAAGACCAUCGGCCGGCAGUACGUGACGCGCAAGAAGUACACGCCGCCUGCCUGGGAGCAGCGCGGCAGCCAGCACUUCCCUGAGGACAACGAGGACGAGAUCUCAGAGCUCAACCUGCUUCCAACACAGAGGGAGGAGGGAGGUCUUUGGGCAGUGCCCUCGGCUCCUCAGGUGGAAAAUCAUGGAUUUGAGGUGCAGGAGGGCAGCCCCGCUCUGCCCCGCAGCUACCCCGGGCUGCUCAUCGUGCCGCAGAGCAUCCCGGACAACACCAUCCAGCGCAUCUCCCGCUGCUACCGCCAGAACCGCUUCCCGGUGGUGUGCUGGAGGAACUCCCGCACCAAGGCCGUGCUGCUCCGCUCGGGGGGGCUCCACGGCAAGGGCGUCGUCGGCCUCUUCAAGUCCCAGAACGCCCCGACCGCAGGUCCCUCCCAGACGGAUUCCACGAGUCUGGAGCAGGAGAAGUACCUGCAGGCCGUGAUCAAUUCCAUGCCCCACUAUUCCGAUGCCAGCGGGCGCAACACGCUCAGCGGGUUCACCUCGGCACACAUGAGCAGUACAGAUUUCUCCGACAAGAGGCAGCAGCCUAAGCUGGGAUCGCUCAUGAAGCAGGUGAUGGGAGGGAAGGACGAAGGGCCUGGGACUUUUAGCCGCGGAGGGCUGGGUCACAGAGCCCGGGUCAUCACCCUGUCCACCCCCAAGUGCGCGUCGCCGAAGGGCCGAGAGACGCCCCGAGGGAAGUGGGGCAGCAUCCGGGCCAGCGGCCGCAUGAGCAGCUACGCCCUGAACGUGGAGAUCGGGUCCCGCCUGGCCGGGAAGGACCUGCUGGGGGCCCAGCACAACGGGACCCCCGCCGAGACCACCUUCCUGCGGCAGCACCGCGCCUCCCUCUACAUCAUCGGCGACAAGUCCCAGCUGAAGGGGGUGAAGCCGGACCCGCUGCAGCACUGGGAGGUGGUUCCCAUCGAGGUGUUCGACGUGCGGCAGGUCAAGGCCAGCUUCAAGAAGCUGAUGAAGGCCUGUGUGCCCGGCUGCCCCUCCAGCGACCCCAGCGUGGCCUACCUGCGCUCCCUGGAGGAGUCGGAGUGGCUCUCCCAGAUCCACAAGAUCCUGCAGAUCUCGGUGCUGGUGGUGGAGCUGCUGGACACGGGCUCCUCUGUGCUGGUCAGUCUGGAGGACGGCUGGGACAUCACCACGCAGGUGGUGUCACUGGUGCAGCUCCUCUCGGACCGGUACUACCGGACGCUGGAGGGGUUCCGGCUGCUGGUGGAGAAGGAGUGGCUUUCCUUCGGCCACCGCUUCAGCCACCGCGGUGCCCAGACCCUGGCGGGGCAGAGCAGCGGCUUCGCCCCCAUCUUCCUGCAGUUCCUGGACUGUGUGCACCAGAUCCACCUGCAGUUCCCCAUGGAGUUCGAGUUCAGCCAGUACUACCUGAAGUUCCUCAGCUACCACUACAUUUCCAACCGAUUCCGGACAUUCCUGCUGGACUCGGACUACGAGCGGAUCGAGCUGGGGCUCCUGUAUGAGGAGAAGGGCGAGAGGAAGAGCCAGCAGGUCCACAAAUCCAUCUGGGAUUACAUCGACCGGAUCAACAGGAAAACUCCCGUGUUCUUCAACUACAUGUUCGCUCCCGAGGAUGGGGAGGUGCUGAGGCCGUACAGCAACAUUUCCAACCUGAAGGUGUGGGAUUACUACACGGAGGAGACGCUGUCCGAGGGCCCCUCCUACGACUGGGAGCUGACGCAGGGGCAGCCGGAGCACGUGGAGGAGCCGGACCGGCAGGACACCGGAGCCCCCCAGAGCAAGCGCAGGAUCAUCUGGCCCUGCUACGACAACCGGAGCCGUGUGGAGCCCGACGCCAUCUCCAGGCUGCUGCAGGAGCUGCACAACCUGAAGACGGAGCUGGGGCACGUCCAGGAGCGCUGGAAGGAGACGUGGGACGGGGUGAAAGCGUCGCAGAGAACUGAGGCACGGCAGGAGGGCAGCAGGACCCCCAGCUCCCUCCUGAUGUCCUCGGGGCUGUCCCACCACCGGCGCUCGCUGGGCGUGUACCUGCAGGAGAGCGGGGUGGGCUCCACCCUCAACCUCAGCCUGGACAGCGACACCAGCAGCACCUCCACCCCGUCCAGCGGGAAGCCGGGCGGGCGCCGCAGCACCUCCACCCUCUACAGCCAGUUCCAGACCUCCGAGAGCGAGAACAGGUCCUACGAGGGCUCCCUGUACAAGAAAGGCGCCUUCAUGAAGCCGUGGAAGCCUCGCUGGUUCGUGCUGGAUAAAACCAAACAUCAGCUCCGGUACUACGACAGCCGGAUGGACACGGAGUGCAAAGGGGUCAUCGACCUGGCCGAGGUGGAGUCCAUCACCCCGGGGACCCCCACCAUGGGGGCCCCCAAGACAGUGGAUGAGAAAGCCUUCUUUGAUCUGAAGACGACAAAACGAGUUUACAAUUUCUGCGCCCAGGACGUGCAGUUGGCCCAGCAGUGGAUCGACCGCAUCCAGAGCUGCCUGUCGGACGCGUGAGCGGCCCCGCGGAGCCGCAAUUCCAGGCACGGCUGCCGGCCCCGAGCCGGGAGCAGAGGCAGCGCCAGGCUCUGCCUGAGCCUGGGACUGAGGAGAGGAGGGGAUGGCCUUCCUCCCGCCCGCCCCGGGCAGGGCGGGGCCGUUUCCCGGGGGUAGGACGGCGCAGGGAGGGAUUCCUAAGGCAUCCCUCGCGUUGGAGCGGGCGGGGGGACCCGGCCCCGCCCGGCCCUGUCUGAGCCCUGUCGUGACUCCGUGUCCUCCGUGUGCCCGAGCCCCAUCCCGCGCCCUGGGCAGGGGGGUCCUGGCCCCGCGCCCCCACCCCCCACUGCUGGAGGAGCAGGAGCUGCCCCUCAUCCUGCCACCACUUGCAUGUCCUGCCAGAGCCCCCCGGAACCUGCCCUGCUCCUCCCACCGGGAGCGUGUCCUGGGCUCCGCUCCCGUCCCCGGGGAUGUGCAGCGCAGGGGAUGGCGGAGGGGACACAGCGGAGCCCUGGGACGUCCUGUGUCCCAGCCCCGGAGCCCCCGCGCUCCCACACAGGAUCGGGAAUGCUGGGAUGCUGCAGGCGCCGUGUCCCGGAGGGGACGUGGCCGUGGCCGUGGCCGUGGCUGGAGCCCCCUCGGGCUGUGCCGGGGUCCCUGUGCUGGCUGGGACAGUCUCUACCUCCACGGCCAGACCGGCUGUCCCGGGGGGGGCACGUUCCCUGUGGGAGGUGCCAAACGCUGGAGCCUCCUGGGUGCCCCUCUGACCCCUCGUGCCGGGGGGGACCAGCCCAGCCCCCUCCCCAGGGUGAGGGUCCCCUCCGGGCGGUGGCGAUGACGGGGCUGGCACAGGCCGGGACAGUGGCCCUGCAGGUGCCACCUGGUCUCUUUGCACAGGUCACCCCCCAGAACCCCCUGUGUGAAGGGGGGGCAGCACCAGGAGGGCACCACACACGCUGAGCUCUUCUCCCCCCACCCCAGGGCUGUCCCUUGCCCCGAAGCCCCCCAUGUUCCCCCCUCUGUGCUCUGCCUGGGGGGCUUGGCUGGAGCCCCCGGCCCCCCGGAGGGCAGGUCCGUGUCCCCCCUCACCCCUCCCCGCUUGCUGCCGUGUCAGUGAGGGGGACCCUCGGUACAGACCCUGCUCCUGCAGCCCCCCCGCACUGGUGUGAACUGGGGGGUUCAGCCCCAGCCCAGGGGCCGUGGGGGGAGCCCGACCCGGCACCGUGUGGUCUCUCUGGCCCCGCUGCCCCCCGGACCCCCCCGGCGCCCCCAGACUGCCCCCCCACCCCCCGUGUUGUUUUUAAAGCCCCUUUCCCCGUGCAGAGCCCCUUGUACAGUCCCCGUUCACUGCCCCCGCCCGGCUGUGCAGGUGUAACACGGAGGUUUGUAACUUACCUGAGCAGUUGUAGAUUAUUGAAGUUUCUGUACAUUGUGUCAAACAUGCAGAGUCCUUGUAUUGUAUUUGUGCCUAGAGGAAAAGGUUAUUCUAUAAAGAGAAAACUAACGGAAUUUAAUAAAAAAAUUAAUAUGACAGACGCCCUUUUGUCCCUCUGAGCCUCCGGAACUGGGAAA